GGAUUAUACAUAUGAACCUUUUUCUUUUCCUUUCCUCAUCUCUCUCUUUACACCAAACAAAACAAAACAAGAAACUAAUCAUCAUGAAACACCCUCUGUAUCCAACACACAACAAAAAGCAAAUUCUAACCAUCAAAACAUUACUUCCCUUAAAUUUACCAUUCAUCUUUACACACCCUAUUUUUCUUAACCAAAACUUUCCUACACCCUCAUAACCAUGAACCAUUUCCUUCCCCUCUUUCUCACUACAAUUUUGUUCUUUCUCACACAAAAUUCACUUGUUUUCUCUACUUCAAAUUUUCCUCUUCAACUCAUUUCCCUUUUGUCCUUAAAAUCCUCUUUUCAAGAUCCAAACAACACAUUUCAAGAUUGGAAUCCUACAACAACUUUCUCAAAUUUUGGUUCACAACCCUUUUGGUGUUCAUGGUCAGGCAUCAUAUGUGACAACAAAACAAGUCAAAUUACAACACUUAAUCUCUCAGGAAGGAAUCUUAGUGGUAAAAUUCCACAAGAAAUUAGGUACUUGGUACACUUACACCACUUAAAUUUAAGUGGAAAUUCAUUUGAUGGACCAUUACAAACAAUCAUUUUCCAAUUUCCAUUUCUUAGAACACUUGACAUUAGUCACAACUCUUUUAAUUCAACAUUUCCCCUCGGGAUAACUCAUCUUAAGUCCCUCGCGUACUUAAAUGCCUAUAGCAACAGUUUUACAGGCGCGUUGCCUGUAGAAAUUGUUAGACUUCAAAUUCUUGAGUAUCUGAAUCUUGGUGGCAGUUACUUUUCUGGUGAAAUCCCUGCGAGUUAUGGAAAUUUCAAGAAGUUGAAAUUCCUACACUUAGCUGGAAAUUUACUUGGUGGUAAAAUUCCAGUGGAAUUGAGUGCCUUAGAUCAACUUGAUCAUCUUGAAAUUGGAUACAACAAUUAUACUGGCAAUGUACCUGCUGAAUUUUCCUCUCUAUCGAAUUUGUCCUAUCUUGAUAUCUCUCAGGCAAAUCUUUCUGGUGAAUUUCCAAUUCAGCUCGGAAAUUUAACAAGUCUUGAAUCGUUACUUCUUUUCAAGAACCAUUUUAUCGGUCCAAUUCCUUCGAGUUUUUCUCAACUCACAUUGCUGAAAUUACUGGAUUUAUCGGAUAAUCAUCUCUCAGGGACAAUUCCAUCAGGAUUUUCAGAGUUAAAAGAGCUGAACAUGUUGUAUUUGAUGAACAAUAACAUAUCUGGUGAAAUACCAGAAGGCAUUGGUGAGUUACCAAAUCUCGAAUUGCUAGCUCUUUGGAACAAUUCACUCACUGGAAUUUUGCCACAAAAGUUGGGAUCAAACGCAAAGUUGCAAAAACUUGAUGUCUCCUCAAACACUUUGUCUGGUCCAAUUCCACCAAAUCUUUGCCUCAGCAACAACUUGGUUAAACUCAUUCUGUUCUCGAAUGAGUUUACUGGUGAGAUCCCUUCAUCCUUAACGAACUGCUCAGCUUUAUCCAGGCUGAGAAUUCAAGACAACAAACUCAAUGGCUCGAUUCCACCAGGAUUCGGGUUUUUGCCAAAUUUCACCUACAUGGACAUCAGCAAGAACAACUUUUCGGGUACAAUUCCAAAAGACUUUGGAAAUGCCCCGAAAAUGCAGUACUUGAACAUUUCGGAGAAUUCUUUUGGUUGUGGCUUGCCUGAAAAUAUCUGGAAUGCCCCGAGUUUACAGAUUUUCUCAGCAAGUUACAGUGGCCUUGUUGGAAGAAUCCCUGAUUUCAAAGGGUGUGAAAAUGUGUACAAAAUCGAACUCGAAGGAAACAAUCUCAAUGGAAGCAUUCCAUGGGACAUUGAGCAUUGUGAAAAGCUUAUUUCACUUAAUUUUAGGCAAAAUUCGCUUACUGGAAUCAUUCCCUGGGAAAUCUCCGCGAUUCCUUCAAUAACAGACGUUGAUUUAUCACAUAAUUUCCUCACGGGGACUAUCCCUUCAAAUUUCGAAAAGUCUAGCACGUUGGAACAUUUCAACGUGUCAUAUAAUCAACUCACUGGUCCAUUACCUUCGUCAGGGUCCAUAUUCUCAACUUUCCAUCCUUCAUCCUUCGUAGGAAAUCAGGGCCUUUGUGGUACAAUCAUACACAAUCCGUGCAGGACGGAUGAACUGAAAGAUGGAAAAGUAGAUUUUUCGAACCACUCUAAGAAAACUGAUGGUGCAUUGAUAGUCUGGAUCACCUCUGCAACAUUCGGAGUAGUACUAUUCGUCCUCAUUGUGGCCAUCCGAUGUUUCCACUUGAAGUACAACCGAAGGUUUCCAUGUGACAAGGAAAUCGGACCGUGGAAGUUAACAGCAUUCAAAAGGUUAAAUUUCACGGCAGAUGAUGUCCUCGAAAGCAUAACAACUACAGACAAGAUCAUCGGAAUGGGGUCUGCAGGUACAGUGUACAAGGCGGAAAUACCAGGUGGUGAGAUCAUAGCUGUGAAGAAGCUAUGGGCAGGGAAGCAGCAGAAGGAGACAACGAGGAAACGACGUGGCGUAUUGGCAGAGGUUGAUGUACUAGGCAAUGUGAGACACAGGAACAUAGUGAGAUUACUAGGCUGUUGUAGUAACAACGAGUGUACUAUGUUGUUGUACGAGUACAUGCCUAAUGGUAGCCUUGAUGACUUAUUACAUGGCAAGAACAAAGAUGCGAAUUUGUUGGCUGAUUGGUUUACUAGGUACAAAAUUGUACUUGGUGUUGCACAAGGGAUUUGUUAUCUUCAUCAUGAUUGUGAUCCUGUCAUUGUUCAUCGUGACUUAAAACCUAGCAACAUUCUUCUUGAUGCUGAAAUGGAAGCUAGGGUUGCUGAUUUUGGGGUUGCUAAAUUGAUUCAGUGUGACGAAUCAAUGUCCGUGAUUGCUGGAUCUUAUGGCUACAUCGCACCCGAAUAUGCAUAUACGUUGCAAGUGGACGAGAAGAGUGACAUUUAUAGCUACGGGGUGGUGCUAAUGGAAGUUUUGUCUGGAAAAAGAUCAGUAGAUUCAGAAUUCGGCGAUGGAAAUAGCAUUGUAGAUUGGGUGAGGUCCAAGAUGAAGAGUAGAAAUGGUAUAAACGACGUGUUGGAUAAAAAUAUUGGCGCUUCGUGUCCUCGGGUGAGGGAGGAAAUGAUGUUGAUGCUUCGGAUAGCAUUGCUUUGUACUAGCCGGAACCCGGCUGACAGGCCUUCCAUGAGGGAUGUUGUGUCCAUGUUGCAAGAGGCCAAACCCAAGAGGAAGUUGCCCGGUAGUGGUGGUGACAAUUCAAUUGGUGUUGUUUCAUUGACACAAAAGGUCAAUGUGGAGUGUUAAUAUAAUUGGAGAUUUGAGCUUUCCUUUUCUUUUUGUUUUGUCUUUUCAAUUGUGGGGGAUUGGUAUAAUCAUAUAGGAUAAGUCAAUAUUUCCUUUUAAAACUUUAGUGAGUGGAAUUUCAGAUGUUUUGAAUUUUGAAUCAUCAUAUGUGAAAUUAUUUCGUAGUUGUCAUAAACUCGUGAACUAACAAA